AUGACUGCGACCUGGUCACAGGAACAAGUCCUUUUCUUCUUGGAAACACUACAAUCAGAGCGAGUUAUUUGGGACCCAACUGACAGAGGACAUAAAGACAGAAAAAAAAUCAACGAUGCUUGGGUGCGCAUUCAAGGAAUUUUCAAUAUGCCUAUCCUAGAACUGAAAAAAAAGAAAGAAUCUCUUUUUGCCACCUACAGGGGCUAUUGCAGAAAAAAACAAGAUUCACUUAAAUCCGGUGCCGGCGUGGAUGAUAUUUAUCUUCCAGUAUGGUUUGCAUUUGAACAUAUGGAUAAUUUUUUGGGACCAGUAUUUAAAUGUAAACAAACAAUGACAACGGACACUGCAACUGUUCCUAAUGAACUUGAAGAGGAAAAUGAGGCCGCCGAAUCAACAGAUUCUUCGAUUCCACCAGAUACGCUUAAUUCAUGUGAGGCACUCGAUCCAACACCAACGCAAAAUAGGACUAUCCGGCGUCGUCUCAACCCACCAGAAUUACAAAUUGCCAGCAAACAAAUGUCUGAGGCAUUUAACAAUUUAAAUAAAAUGAUUAACAAGCAAGAUGUUGUUGAAGAUGAGUGUGACAUAUUUGGCAAACUGAUUGCCAAAAAAUUAAAGAAGAUACCUGAACAUGAAAGGGAAGAAAUAAUGUUCGACAUUCAUGCCUUAUUUCGAAGACCACGUAGUUUUGAAAGAUCAUCUGUUGAUUCAUUACGUUCCCCUACACCAACUUGUAGAAAUUAUCCUAAUGUCACAAUGACUUCUCCCAGGCCACACUCAUCAUUUUCAGAGCCUCACAACUCAUUUGUACCAUUUUCCGAUGGAACUGACGGAAGACAAUACAUGUUACAUAUCCCGGAAACAAAUGAAAAUACUUUCCUUAAUGAAAAAUCUUCAAUGGUUCACAUUAUAAGGGAUGAAGUUGUUAGGCCAGCCGAUAAAAUUUCUUCGGUAACCAGCCCAACUACAAUCCAAACUCGAUUCGUCCCCUACCAAACGUCUUCUAUGAAUAAUAUAAUAAAUCAAGCAUACUAUAAGUCUGAAUAA